AUGGUAUGGGCUACGAAUACUCAUGAUGGUGCAUGGAUUCGUAACCAAACCGCUGGUGGUUGCAGAAAUUACAUCAAUACCUUUGCAAGUAAUCCUCAGUAUCGUGUACAGCUCACCGAUUCUGAUCCGGAUGACGAUGACGAGUUGUGUACGGUGAUCUUCGCUGUUAUGCAGAAGUACAGGAGAAAUCUGAAGGCUCAAGGCCUUGAUAACGUCCCUAUAGGAUUCGCUGUCUACGAUGCUGGCAACAUCACCGGACGUCUAUCCAAAGGAUUCUUCCAAGCCAACAAGUCUGCGAUGAGAAGUGCAGCUUUCAUCAACUUGAGAGAGAUGACCGGUCGAUUCCGUGUGCCACCAGGCAACUACGUGGUUGUUCCUUCAACAUUCGAACCGAAUGAGGAGGCUGAGUUCAUGCUGAGAGUCUUUACAAAUGGAUUCAUUGAAUCCGAAGAGUUGUAA